AUGACCAUCCGUAUUUUUACUGCCUAUACAAAGUCAGCAUUGUACUGUAAUAUCUACUCGAACAUUGCAGCUUUAACUCCUGAGGAAAAAAUAAAGUUAAAAGAAGAGUUGCAUCCUGCUCAAGGAGACGAUAGCAAUCAUCAAGCGAAAGAGAGCAGACAAGAACAAGAAGAAGAAGCAGUGGUAGUAAAAGCAGCAGAAACAGAAGACGAAGAAGAGGAAGAAGAAGAAGAAGAAGAAGAAGAAGAAGAGGAGGAUGACGAAGAAGAAGAUGGAUCGUUUAUGAAUGGACCGUUUUCGAUGCAGAUAAUGAAGUUUUUAGAAGAAAAUGGCAUUGACCCUGAGGAAUUGACCGCUGAGGAUCACGAUGAAGGAGAGCCUGGGCAAGCAGCUGGGGACGACAAACAAAGCGACGGAGAGAGUGCUGAUACGUCCACUAAGAAUAAGAAAGGGGAAUCUCCUGAAGGAAUUGUACAGCAAGGGGAAGGGCUAAAGUAA